AUGGAGCAAAUACCCUUCAACCAAGUCCCAUCCACCAAGCGCUCACCAUCCUUCACGAACGCAGCCUUCCAGCCCGACUCGACUUUUCGAGCCCAAGUACAGGGGCAGGUGCCAGUGCCACUGCCAGCUCAAUCCCAGAAUACGAGCCUCAAUUCCACUGCCACUGCCAACAUGCCGGCGAACUCGAGUACCCUCGGCGCCAACCCGUCGCAGCAGCCUCAAUCACAGUCCCAGAAACAAACACAAAUACAAACGCAACAGCCCGAAGACGAGUCAACAGAGCAGACGCAAAAAGGCGGACCAACGGCCACAGCGCCGUUCCUGCGGGACUUUAGCCUCGUAGCGGAAGCGGCGAAGCGGGCGCAGAUGGCUGUCGUGAUGCGGGACUUGGAGGGGAUUUCACUAUAA